GCUUUUCCUAAAGAAUCUAAUAUUAUUUUGAUAUAUUUUAGUAUUAUUUUGAUAGUUUUACUAUCAAAAAUUAACUAGUUGUAUGAAAUAAGGAUGGAGUUUGUAACCGAAGUGUCACAGUUUGUGCGAUUGAAGGAGGAGCCCGCUGAGCCAGAAGCGGAGCCCGAGCGGCGGCCGCCCGGCGCGGCGCGAGUGCACAUCGAAGAAGAAGCACAGAAUAAACAUCAGUCAGACAAUGACAAAAAGGAAGAUUGUUUGCAGCACACAACAAGUGAAUACGACAUAAAGGAAGAUCCCUCAUGCUUUGAAAAUAUUGUGAACGAUGUGAUGCAUGACUUGUGUGACCGUAAAGUGAAGGAUGAGGUUACGCAGCCGGAGUCCAUGCCACAGAUCCCACAGACAGCCUCCUGCUCGGACAUGGAGUGUGUGAGCGAAGCAGCCAUGCUGGCCGGCCUGUACACGGACCAUGAUGUUAAAGAUGAGCUUGUGCUGGGUGCGGAGUGCCCAUAUCACCCUGAUGUCACUCUAGUAGUUCAUGGUCGCAUUGGCUGUGUGCUUCGAGAUUGCUCCGUGACACUUGAACGCAUCCCACAUGUUGAGGCACUCAUCAAGCGAAAAGAAACAACUCAGACUGACACGGAAUCUGAUACUGAUGAAUUUUCAUUUAGAGAUGAAUUUUACUCAAAAGAGAAAGAACCACUGUGUGAUCUCUGUGGUGAAAGAUUCAGUGUAAAGUCGGAUUUAGUGAAACAUGUCAUAGAUCAUAUACACAGACCGAGCGCGGAGCAGGAAGGCGGAGGGCAGGGCAAUGCAUUUGCUGGUGAAUGCCAGCAAGAGCAGGAGCGGGCUUUGUGUCGAAGAUACGCGAUCCAGGACUGCCGCGUGCGCCUCGAACGGCUCCAACACCACGAGGCUCUUGCCAACAACGACACGCAACACACGGAUACGGAAAUUGAUGCAGAGGAUAUACACACUAGAGUUGACUUUGAGACACCAACUUGUGAUCUUUGUGGAGAUAGUUUUGCUCUGAAAUCAGAUUUGGAUAAACAUAUCAUGACUCAUAUCCAUAUGCCGACCGCACAGCGUUCACAAGACCCGAGUCCGGAGAAGGAAUCGGACACUGAAGAGAAAAACAUCGACAUUGACUGUGAGAACGAACCUACUUGUGAAUUUUGUGGCGAAAAAUUUGCUCUAGACUCAGACUUGAUGAAACAUGUUAUUAAACAUACAGAUGUAGAUCGCACUAAACAAUUGUAUGAAAAGUCAGGAGAGGAUAUGUAUAAGUGUGAAAUUUGCGGUGAAACAUUUCAGCAAAAAAAUACUUUAAAGAUUCAUAUCAAAACACACUCAACACAGCCAAAUUCUAAGGACUAUAAAUGUGAUAACGUAGGAGAAAAAUCUAACACUUUUAAUCGACGUUCAUAUAACUAUAGUCAUAGAACUGGACAGUCAUAUUGGUGUUAUGUGUGUAAAAGGCAAUUCAGAACUGAGGCUAUUUUAAAACGACAUAUUCUGUUUCAUAAUGAUGUAAGACCAUAUUCGUGUAGCAUAUGUAAAAAAGGAUUUUUGACUAUCAAUUAUUUAAAACAACACAUACUACGUCAUUGUGAUGGUCCAGGUUCUUCUAUACGGCCGCAUAGCGUCAUAACGUCAAAGCCUAAGGACUACUAUUGCAAAAUAUGUGCAGAGUCUUUCCGAAGUAGAUUCCGAUUGGAUGAGCAUUUAAUAGUUUACCAUAACAUUAAUCCAUAUUCUUGUGGCAUAUGCAAAAAACGAUUUAAAACUGCUUCUCAGUUAAAAGUGCAUAUAAUGAUACAUAGUGACAUACCACUAUAUUCGUGUGACGUAUGUAAAAAACGAUUUAAAACUAAGGCUUAUGUGAAGACACAUAAACGGUGUCAUAGUCAUGUAAGACCAUAUUCGUGAUGCAUGUGAUGUGUGUAAAAAGGGAUUUUUAACUAUCCCUUCUUUAAAAAACAUACACUGCGUCACACUGACGUAAAACUAUAUUCGUGUGAUACGUGUAAAAAUGAUUUAAGGAUAUGUUGGGAUUAAAGACGCAUACAAAGAUUCAUAAAGAUACAAAGGCAUAUUCGUGUGAUGUGUGUAAAAAACGGUUUACACUUGAGUCUUAAAAAGACAUACACUAGUCCAUAAUGCUGACAUAAAACCGUAUGCGUGUGACACGUAUAAGAAACGAUUUCGGAUUCCGGCUCAGUUAAAGAGCCACAUACGGAUUCAUAGCUGUACAAAGCCAUAUAUGUGUCCUGUGUGUAAAAAACUAUUUAUUUAUUUAAACUUUAUUGCACAAAGUAUACAAAAAUGUACAAAUGGCGGACUUAAUGCCGAAAGGCAUUCUCUACCAGUCAACCAUAGGGCCAAACAGAGAUUCAAUACAAAUGGUGCAGAGAGAAAACAAAAAGGUGUUUUACUAAGAAGAAAAGCAAACUAUAUAUGUGCAUAUACAGCAUAUACUACACAUACUUUUACAUAAAUACAU